GACGACUUGCGCAGAGCUGCUAACUCGCUAGCUAGCGCGCUCGCCGAUCCUGGGUUGCUCAUCAUGGCUGCCUCCAAGCCAGUAGAGCCGCAGUCCGGCACCGGCCUCCCCCGUUGGCAGCUGGCUCUGCUGGUCGGCGCUCCCAUCGUGCUCGGGGUAGGAGCCGUGUACCUGUGGAACCGCAGCAAGGCGAAGGGACGCCCGGGGAAAGGCAGCGGCGAACGGAUAACACCAGAAGGCAGCGCCAGUCCGGAGCAGGGCCAAGACAGCGACUCGAGAGCCAACCAGGGGCUGGACAACAUGAGCCCUUUGGACAGGGCCCAAGCAGCAAAGAACAAAGGCAACAAAUACUUUAAGGCAGCCAAGUAUGACAAUGCCAUCCAGUGUUACACCGAGGCCAUCGCGCUCUGCCCAGCCGAGCAGAAAAGCGAUCUGUCAACGUUCUACCAGAACCGAGCAGCGGCCUUCGAACAGCAGAUGAAAUGGACUGAGGUGGUGCAGGACUGCUCAGAGGCUGUGAAGCUCAACCCGCGCUAUGUCAAAGCUCUUUUCAGGAGGGCUAAAGCUUUGGAGAAGCUGGACAAUAAGAAGGAAUGCUUGGAAGAUGUCACUGCUGUGUGUAUCCUGGAGGCCUUCCAGAACCAACAGAGCAUGCUGCUGGCAGAUAAGGUGCUCAAGCAUCUGGGGAAGGAGAAGGCUAAAGAAAAAUACAAGAACCGUGAGCCAAUGAUGCCUUCGCCUCAGUUCAUCAAGUCCUACUUUGGUUCCUUCACCGAUGACAUCAUCUCGCAGCCCCUGCAGAAGGGCGAGAAGAAGGAUGAGGACAAAGACAAGGAGGGCGAGGCCUCUGAAGUCACGGCCAGCUCGGGCUACCUGAAGGCCAAGCAUUUCAUGGAGGAGGAGAACUACGACAAGAUAAUCAGCGAGUGCACCAAGGAAGUGGACUCUGAGGGUCGCUACACGGCCGAGGCGCUUCUGCUGCGCGCCACCUUCUACCUGCUGAUCGGCAACGCCACCGCCGCUCAGCCCGACUUGGACCGCGUCAUCAACAUGCAGGAGGCCAACGUGAAGCUGCGAGCCAACGCUCUCAUCAAGCGUGGCAGCAUGUACAUGCAGCAGCAGCAACCCAUGCUGUCCACGCAGGACUUCAACAUGGCGGCGGAGAUCGACACGCGCAACCCCGACGUGUACCACCACAGGGGGCAGUUGAAGAUCCUUCUAGACCAGGUGGAUGAAGCCGUGGGGGACUUUGACGAGUGUAUCCUGCUCAGGCCCGACUCCGCUCUCGCCCAGGCACAGAAAUGUUUCGCACUGUACAGACAAGCGUACACGGGCCACAAACCAUCACAAGUCCAGAUCGCCAUGGACGGCUUCGAGGACGUUAUCAGAAGGUUCCCCAAGUGCGCUGAGGGCUAUGCGCUCUACGCUCAGGCUUUGACCGAUCAGCAGCAGUUUGUCAAAGCGGACGAGAUGUAUGACAAGUGUAUUGAGCUGGAACCCGACAACGCCACGACGUAUGUCCACAAAGGAUUGCUACAGCUCCAGUGGAAGCAAGACCUGGACUUGGGUCUAGACCUCAUCAGCAAGGCCAUCGAGAUUGACAACAAAUGUGAUUUUGCCUAUGAAACAAUGGGAACAAUUGAAGUUCAAAGGGGUAAUCUGGACAAAGCGAUCGAGAUGUUCAACAAGGCCAUCAACCUGGCCAAAUCGGAGAUGGAGAUGGCACACUUGUACUCGCUGUGUGACGCGGCGUACGCCCAGACGGAGGUGGCCAGGAAGUACGGCCUCAAGCCGCCAACGCUCUAACUCGGCAUCAAUCUGAAGGUUGCUCGUUCUCCAAUCGUAACUGUGUAACUGCAUCGAUUUGUUUAAGCGAGGUGGGGAAAAUGCUGGAUUAUAAUGUAAAAAAGAAUAAUAAUUCGAAGAGCCCGCCUGAGCAUCGUGUUUACGUUGUGUUUGAAAAAGGGUCUGGAAUGCUUAAGGUUUUUUUUUCCCCACCAUGUGUCACACACACAAAUGACAGUUAGUACGAUUAAAAAAAGGGGACUUGUGACUUGUCAGCAGAGAAUACUGUGAGAGAAAGUUUGACUAUCAAAGUGUUUUGUUCCAUUUAUCUCCCAAUAUCAGUUCCAAAUUGAAGAUUCAAAACAUGUAGCCAAAUAUGUCAUGUCUGUCUUGGGAAUGCUUGGGCCUGUAUGCAAAAGUUGAUUCGGAAGCAGGCAAUGGUAUUUCUUUUUUUGUUUUGCUUGUUUUUUAAAAUAUUGAAUUGCCUGUUUCUUUUUUCUUUUUCUACGUUGCGUGCAGCAUGUUCACUUUCUAAUGUAAAUGCAACGCCUGCGCUGUUUGAACACUAGGAGAAUCAAUCUUAUCAGUCUGACUUAAAACGCCUCCUUUUUAUAGCACCUGCAUUGUUAAAACAGUUCUACGAUUUAAUUUACCUGUUGGGGACAAGAAAACUGGUUUCAUUUCCUUUUCACCUGCCGGGGUCAUCCUUUUAAUCUCGUUAACUGAGCCUUUUUUUGUUGUUUCUCGUUUUACAGACAGGCACAAAUUUCCUAUUGGAAUUGUUGUAAAGGUUUUGAGAUGGACGCUUUGAUUUUGACUGACAAAUUCUACUGACAUUCUUCAUCGAUGUGUAUGGUGACCAAAGUGAAAUAGAAUUUGAAUCCUAAUAAAGUUAUGAUUCCUGGAAA